CCAGCCGGCACCAUGAAGUCUCUGAAGAAGGACUCGCGCCUCAGAAUACCAACAAACAGAUUAUUGGAGUCCGCAGAGAGCUGGAAAGAAAAGAAGCGGGCAAAACUACCUGAGCAGCCCACACCCCCUAUUCAGGAAGAACCAGAGCCUGUUAGCAAUGUCCUACAAGGAGAUGACAUCCUUGCCUUAGCCAUUAAGAAAGAAGACUUGAGGAAGCAACACCUUCCUCGCCCAGAAACGGAAGAUAAACCUGCCAUUACCCAGAAAGUUAUCAUCCGUAAACUCAAACCCAAGGACUCUACAAGGAAGGUCUGCCACUUUGUAGCACAUCCUGCCACUCCAGAUGCAGCCACUAAACCCCUGGACUACUCCGGUAUGCUGACCUUGGCCCUGGCGUCCCUUGUUGUCUUUCUCCUUCCCUCUUCCCCACCCCUUGCCUCAGGCCCUGGAAAUAGCAUCGAUAACAGUGAACAGAUCCUGCCACACCACAUCUUGGGGAGUCUUCAGGACUUUAAGAGAAUUGCACUCGCUCGAGGGAACACCCAGCUGGCUGAACUGAUACACACCUCACCCUGUCUGAUGGCCCUCAUCUCAGCGAAAGAAGAGCCAAAGCAAAAGAAACCCAAAGCAGAGAAGGAACAUCUCUGGGUCCCACCCCCUCAGCACAACUUUCUGAAAAACUGGCGGCGCAACAUCACCCUGCGGAAGAAGCAGCAGGAAGCCCUCAGUGAACACCUGAAGAAGCCAGUCAGCGAGCUACUGAUGCACACCGGGGAGACCUACAGACAGAUCCAGGAGGAGCGGGAGCUCAUUGAUCGUGCCCUUCCUACACAGCAUGAUGGGAAGUCCUGGGAGAGCAGCGGGUUCUGGAAUCGACUGGAAUAUGUGGGAGAUGAAAUGACAGGUCUGAUCAUGACGAAGACGAAAAUUCAGCGUGGCCUCAUGGAACCAAUCACUCACAUCAGGAAGCCCCAGUCCAUCCGGGAGGAGAUGGGAUUACCAGCCCAGAAAGAUGCUUGGUACCGCUACACCUGGGAUCGGAGUCUGUUUCUGAUCUACCGACGCAAGGAGCUGCAGAGCCUCCUGGCCGAGCUGGAUUUUAGCCAGCAGGAUAUUGAUGGCCUGGAGGUGGUGGGAAAAGGGCAGCCUUUCUCAUCUGUUACGGUGGAAGACUAUACACCGUUUGAAAGUACCCAGGAAAGCUCCUCUGAAGACACAGUGAGCUUAGACGUAAUGGCCAAUUACCCUGAUGUGACCCUCAUGCCUAUUCUUGGCCCUUCCCUACUGUUCUGUGGGAAGCCAGCUUGCUGGAUCAGAGGCAGUAACCCACAGGACAAGAGCCAGAUCGGAAUUGGUGCCCGCUUGACCUUUGAAACCCUAGAAGGAGAGAAAACAUCUUCAGAACUCACCGUGGUCAAUAACGGCACAGUGGCCAUUUGGUACCACUGGCGGCGGCAGUCCCAGCUGCAGUCUUUCCAAGACCUGAGGAGAAACAGGAUGCAGCGGUUUUACUUUAACAACCGGGCAGGAGUGAUUCUGCCUGGAGAAACUAAAAAAUUUACCUUCUUCUUCAAGUCUCUGAAUGCUGGGAUCUUCAGGGAAUCUUGGGAGUUUAGAACUCACCCUACCCUCUUAGGAGGUGCCGUCUUGCAGGUCAAUCUCCAUGCAAUCUCCAUGACCCAGGACAUUUUUAAGGAUGAGAGGCAGGUACUGGAGCGUAAGCUGGCUGCCCAUGAAGCCAUCACCAUUGUGGAGAGUGUGCUGCAGGACCUGCUGAGGGGGAUCCUGACCCCUGAGCGCACGCCAUCACCUGUGGACGCCUAUCUCACGGAAGAGGACCUGUUCCACCACAAGAAUCCUCGGCUGCAUUACCAGCACCAAGUGGUGCAAAACCUGCACGAACUGUGGCACCAGUACAUGACCCCGCCCCCCAAAGCUGAGGAGGCCAGGCCAGGCGAGGAGGAGCAGCCCAGCACCAGGGCCCAGGCCACCCCGGCCCAGUCAUCACAUAUGGAGAAGGGCUUCGUGAACUCAGAUCUCUCGGCACACAUGAAGGGCCCAGUACCAGAAGCCCAACUGUCCCGGUCUGAGAGUGAGGCCCAUGGGGACUCCCGAGAUUCCUCAGUGACCCAGAAGUCUGGCGGGGUGACUAAGCUUCCUCAGCGGAAGAGCAUCAUGGAGGAGAUCCUGGUAGAGGAAAGCCUAGACUUGAAGAGCACCAAGAGCCCUUGGGAGCUGGAGAGCCUUCCCUUGCUCAAGUGGAACCUCUGCUUGGAAGACUUCAGAAAGGCAGCGAUGACCCUCCCUGAGGAGAGCCAGCGAGAAGACGCCCUAAUCAGACUCAACAGAGGGGCUCUGGAGCUGUGCCAGGAGCAGAGGCCGCUGCAGUCUGACUUCCUGUACCAGACUUGUUUGCAGCUGUGGCGGGAUGUGAUUGAUAGUCUGGUGAGCUACUCCCUGUGGCUGAGGGCUCUGCUGGGCCUGCCUGAGAAGGAGACCACUUACCUGGAUGUGCCAGAUGAACAAGAUCAGAAAUCACCUCCCAUCAUGGAAGUGAAAGCGACUGCUGGGAGAGUGGGAAAGGAGGACCGGAAAGGGGGAUCCCAGGAAAAGCGGCAACUAGGAAUCAAAGACAAAGAGGAUAAAAAAGGAGCCAAGUUGCCAGGGAAAGAGCAGGACCGUGCAAACAGCAAGAAGCAGAAAGCAAAGGAUGACAAGAAAUUAAUGAAAUCUGUGAGUCGGGAAAGGCUUUCCUUGGAGGAUCCUGUCCCUGACAGUGUCAUCCCUUCCCAAGAACCAAUAGACCCCCUGGUCAUGGAGAAAUACAUGCACAGGCUGCAUAUCGAGGUCUAUGGGCUGCUGGACAUCCUGGUGACUGACAUGAUGGUCCUGGCAGACGAGCUUGGCCCCAUGAAGAAUGUUGAGGACCGUUUCUAUCUCUGAAACUGAAUCGCACGUCCCAAGCAGCCUCUGGGAGCCAGUUAACAGACAAAUCAAUAAAGAACCUUUAGUUUUCUGCCAUUUCCAUUGUGCCUUUGUGUCUUGGAUGUUGGAUUUUGAUGAGCUUAAUUCAUGACCUAGGUCCUCCCUUGUCCUACCCUGUCCUCAGACUCCCCCUCCAGUUCCUGAAGCCAUCCAGCAGGAGGGGAUAUGUGGGAGGAUGGGCAGAAUAGCAAGUUGGUGGCAGGACAAGGAAUUAGGUGUAGGACAGAGAGCGUCACCCCUCAUAAUCUCCGCUUCUGGCUUUCCUGGGCCCACAUUUUCGGGUCAUGCUUCUUGUAGUCAUGUUUUCCCGAGGCAUCAUCACCAAGUACAGAGAGAGACUAGGAGGAUUAGACCCCCAGGAUCUGGCUCCCUGAGAUCCACCUACUUCAGCUGGGUCCAGGGACCCUGUCCUAGUCCCUGAGAGUUAUGCCCACCACACCUCCUAAACCCUGAAGGCCCUUGUCCUCAGCAGGAGGUUAAUCUUCCCAUGGUGCACUGGGUGGGUCUGUCUUAGCCCUCUCCCCAUGUCGAUUCAUGG